UCGCUUUCAUAAAGACUCGAUGAGUUAGCAGCAGACCUGAAGAACAAAAACUGGUCAUGUUUUAUUGUAUAAUGAAACUGAACCUUUUCCUCGGAAUGAGAGUCCUCGCUCUUCUUUGUGUCGUGCUAUAUGGCAUUUGCGGGGGAAAUGCGGCCUCUCACUCUCUGAAGUACAUCUACACUGCUGUCACUGGGGGUACUAACCCCCCGGUGUUCACCAUCGAGGGUUGGCUGGAUGAUAAACCAUUUGUGCACUAUGACAGCAACAUCAGGAGGAUGAUCCCCCAGACUGAGUGGAUGGAAAAAUCAGUGGACAAGCAGUACUGGGACGAACAGACUCAGAAAGCGCUUGAUGCACACCAGACCUUCGAAGCCAAUAUCAGAAUUGCAAUGCAGCAUUACAGCUCAACCCAGGUUGUGCACCAUUUCCAGUAUGGCUGUCAGCGGGAUGAUGACACCAGAGAUCCAGGACAGAUUGAACAUUAUGAAUUCCAUGGGAAAGGCGUUCUUACUGAUGACAUGAAAACCUGGCCUUUCAUUACACCUGCACAGCAGCUGUUUAUCAGUGCAGUGAAGUGGAAUUUAGCUAAGCGUAAGAAUGACACGCAGUACUUGACCCAGAUCUGCGUUGAGGCACUGAAGAAGUACGUGAGCUACAGGAUGAUCGCCCUGGGGAGGACAGUUGCUCCUGAGGUCUCUCUGCUGCAGAAGGACUCCUCCUCUCCUGGUGUUACCUGUCAUGUGACCGCAUUUUACCCCCGUGACAUCAUGGUAACCUGGCAGAGAAACGGAAAGGACCUGGAUGUAGAGCCGGGGGAGACGGUGCGCAAUGGGGACGGAACUUUCCAGACCACAUCUAGUCUGACAGUGAAGCCUGAGGACUGGAAGAGCCAGAAUUACACCUGUACUGUACAGCACAAGAGCCUGAAACAGGACAUCAUUCUGCCUGUCAAAGAGGAGAACAUCAACAGUAACACAGAUAUCAAGAGUGAGUGAGCGAGUGUCCAUCCCACGAUUCAGGAAUAGAUGUAGAAAUAAUUUGCAGAAAAUGUUUUGAGAGAGAGCCUCCCCCCCCACACACCCCACCUCUAGGGGCUCCUGGACCUGCUAUAUACGUCCUUACCCCCACCCCUGCUGACGCCACAAACAGGACGAACACACAGAGAGGUUUCGCCCAAACACACUGCGCUUCUCUCUUUAGGACCUCUGGCUCUCACUAUACUGUGUACUGUGAGCUGUAUAAUCACUACACUGAUAGGAAGAGGGAGAGUGGGAUAGAGAGAGAGAGAGAGAAGUAGGGAGUUAGA